AACCAUCAUAUAUACACCCCACCAUCCUCACGCUUUCCUCCCUCACACAACACAACUACAGUACGCUCUUCUUCGCUCUUCGCAUCUGCUCUCUCUCUCUCUCUCUCUAACUAGACAAUGGCGAAGGAAGAGGCCGCGGAGCAUGCCUCGUUCAGGAACAAGGACUACCACGACCCGCCACCGGCGCCGCUGGUCGAUGUGGCGGAGCUGGCGAAGUGGUCGUUCUACAGGGCCGUGAUCGCGGAGUUCGUAGCGACGCUCCUGUUCCUGUACGUGACCGUGAUGACCGUGAUAGGCUACAAGAGCCAGGCUGAGGCCGACCCCUGCAGCGGGGUCGGGAACCUCGGCAUCGCCUGGGCCUUCGGCGGCAUGAUCUUCGUCCUCGUUUACUGCACUGCUGGAGUCUCAGGAGGCCACAUCAACCCCGCAGUGACGUUCGGGCUCUUCUUGGCCCGGAAGGUCUCUCUGGUCCGAGCUAUCCUGUACAUGGUGGCUCAGUGCUUAGGAGCCAUAUGUGGUGUGGGUCUGGUCAAGUCCUUCCAACACUCUUACUACGACAGGUACGGCGGUGGAGCCAACGAGCUCGCCACUGGGUACAGCGCCGGCGUCGGGUUGGGUGCAGAGAUCAUCGGGACUUUCGUCUUGGUUUACACCGUGUUCUCGGCCACGGAUCCAAAGCGAACUGCUAGAGACUCCUACGUUCCGGUUUUGGUUCCGCUUCCGAUUGGAUUCGCGGUGUUCAUGGUCCACUUGGCCACCAUUCCGAUCACCGGCACCGGCAUCAACCCCGCUCGGAGUCUCGGACCUGCUGUUAUGUACGGCCAUAGAAAGUCCUGGGAUGACCAGGUGAGUAUUUUCCCCGUGCACGGCACAUAUCUCUCCGGAGAGCAUAUACACAUCUAGAGCCGAUCAUGGCCUGCUUAGGGCCAAAGGCCAAAUGAGCGGGUUUGGUGGAUAUUCUGGGCCGGACCGCUCGCUGGUGCAGCACUGGCGGCCUUCUACCACCAAUGUAUAUUGAGAGCUACAGCUGCGAAAGCCCUCGGUUCCUUCAGGAGCAAUCCUCACGUUUAAUUCCCCAAUUCCCUCUCUCUCUCUCUUCUUGUUUUUCAGUCCCCAUCGCUAUUAGAGGUUUAAGUGUUUGAUUGCGUGUCUAAUAAAAUGCUGUCU